UAUUUCUGUGCAAAGACAAGCGACAAACGCAUUUAAAGGCAUGUUUAAAGGCAAAACUGCAUGGUUCUCCACCAGUGUUGAACCGAGAAUACGCAGUUUCUGGGCGUCUGAAGGGGGAGCUCUAUCUACCUGGAAAAAAGCAGAUUAUCUCUUCAGCGAUGAUGCCUCUGCCGAGGACACUACAAGGAUCUUUGACAGUGAAGACUAUAUACAGAACAGGGCAACAGUUUUCCACAGUGAUUUCCUGUCAACCUGUGAACAACGGCGGAGUGUUAAAUCUGUGCCCAUUGGCCACUAUGUGCUGCCUCCAGUCUCCAUUCAAAAUGAGAUGAGAGCAAUAGUUGCAAAGUUUAUUUGGGAAAAAGAAGAUCAGCGAAAGUGUAAACAACAAAUAAAUGAAGUGUCUGAAGAAAACGUCACUGAGGAGACUGAAGAUCAGCCAGUGAGCGGCAGGUGCAGCCAGGAGGAUUAUCAGACUAUUGCAUCGCCAAGCAAGGUGUGUCUGUGUUGUAAGAAGCAGUAUCCUGUAAACAACAUGAUCUCAGUCUCUUUUUCAGGAUAUGUUCACAUUGACCAAAUGAAAAAAUAUUCAGGGGAACUGCAUGAUUUCAUUCCGUCCUUCCAUGGCCACAGCGUUUCAAGAUCUAAUGAAUAGACCUUUAAAUAUGAUUUAUUGUUAUCAUUAAAAAUGAUAAUUCGACAUGCUUAAUGUAGAUGCAUUUCUCUCUAUUUGUUUUUUACAUAGAUUUAUUGAUAAAAGUAUGCUAAACGGUAUUGUUUCAGUUUUUGCUCAGUUUAUAAUAAUUUGUAUGUUACGUCAGUACUUUGCGUGGCAAAAUAAAAUCUAGUCCCUGCAUGUGAAAAGACAUAAUAUUAGCAAUAUUAAAAUACUUAAAGUAAUAAGUGUCUUGUCUUCUUAUUUUUUAUGCAAAUUCCAUAAAGUUAAAGGAUUUUCUUUUUCCAUUAAAGGAUUUUCUCUUAGGUCAAGUCUCCUGAAAGCAGGGAUUAAGUAACUCUCCAGUGAUCUGAUGCCCUUAAAUUUAAGAAGCAGAAUUUGCUAAUUCAACAAUAGAAAUUAGUUACUAUAUCAGAUGAACAGAAUACAAAAUCUACACAUGAGCACCCAACAAGACAGGGAUUUAUAUUUAUACCUAACCAUUAGUAAUAAUAAUUGGAGUAAACAAUUUACUAUUAGUCCACUACACUUUAACAACAUAUAGCUUAAAAAGACUUUAAUAUGUACAAAGUCCGAUCAAAGGGUACAGCGUCUUCUUGUAGCAAUGAAGUCAUCUGUACUUACUUGUGAAUCUGUGUUUUCACUUUUUAUUGUGUCAGCAAACAAGAGACAAAUUACGUUUGUACUGCUUGUGAAAUAAAAUGAGUAGAUAAUAUAGAAA